UUUGUUAUGAUGGACCUUGUGGAUUGUACGGUGAUGCGAAGACUUAUAUUUUGUUAAAAUAACAUUUUCGCUAUUAUUUUCCUAUAAAUUUAGUGCUAUUUAACAACGGUCCUUGUGGAAAUUGUAUAUACUGGUUUAAAAACAGGAUUUGUGUAUAAUAUCACUCGACAACAAACUUCAUACCAACAACAAAAGCUUCUUUCCUAAUUAUUACUAAAACACCGUCUUUAAUUUAGAUUUUUAUCAUGUCAGAUGACGAGGUGAUACGUUUCGAAAUCACUGAUUAUGAUUUAGACAACGAAUUUAAUCCAAACAGGAGAGGAAGGGCCAAGAAGGAACAUCAAAUAUAUGGUGUAUGGGCUAAAGACAGUGAUGAGGAUGACAAUGAAGAUAAUGUGCGACAGAGAAGCCGCAAGCAGAAGGACUAUGCUGCUCCCAUCGGGUUUGUGGCGGGGGGCGUGCAGCAGGCGGGAAAAAAAAAGGAGGCUAAACAAGAGAUAGAAUCAACAGAAAAAUCAUCCAGGCCAAUCAUAGUUGACAGCUCCGAUGAGGAGUCCACAGUGGCCCAACCAGAUGAGUCGGAGACAGCAGGCAUCCGGAGACAGGGUCAGGGGAUGCGCAGUGCUAAUUUCGGUGGUAAUAUGGGCACUUGGGAGAAACAUACCAAGGGUAUUGGAGCUAAACUGCUCUUACAGAUGGGUUACCAACCGGGGCGCGGUCUGGGCAAAGACCUGCAGGGCAUAUCGGCGCCCGUCGAAGCGACCGUGAGGAAAGGGCGAGGUGCUAUAGGCGCCUAUGGUCCCGAGAAAGCAGCCCAAAAAGCAAAGAGAGAGGAAGAGCGCCGCCUGAAAGAGAAGGAAGAUGAGAAGGCCCCAGAGAAAUCAUACCACUGGAAGAAGUCGCACAAGGGCCGGUACUUUUACAGAGACUCCAAUGACGUCAUACAGGAAGGAAAGCCCACCGUGCACACUAUCGGCAGUAGUGAGCUGUCUCGAGUACCAGUAAUCGACAUGACGGGCAAAGAGAAGCGAGUUUUAAGCGGGUACCACGCACUUAGAGCAGUGGCGCCACGCUUCGAACACGAGCCGCGGCGAAAGUGCACUAAUUUCUCCGCCCCACAGCUGGUGCAUAACCUGGAGCUGAUGGUGGAGUGCUGCGAGCAGGAUAUAAUUCAAAACGCUCGCGAGCUACAACAGGCGGAGGACGAGAUCAUAGUUCUAGAGCGAGACUUGAAAGAGUGCGAUGACAAACUUAAAGAGCAGGAUGAGAUUAUCGAUAAAGUGCGAGAUAUCAGGGAGCGAGUGGCGCAGCUAAGCGAACCGGACCUCUCGCUUGAGAGGGCGUAUGAGGUCGUCUCGGAUCUUAAGGAAUCUUACCCGCUCGAAUACGACAUGUUCGGUAUCGGCGCCAUCGCCGGCAACAUCGUCAGUCCUUUAUUCAGCGCACUAAUGGCUCAGUGGGACCCUCUCAAGGCGCCCUCGGAACCGGUCCCAGUGUUCCUCAAAUGGCGUCAGUUGCUAAGCGAAGAGGCUUAUAACAGUCUUCUUUGGCAACAUUACGCUCCUGCACUUAAGACUGCUGCCGCAGUAUGGAACCCCCGCAUCCCUGAGGCCAUGCUGGCUUCCCUAACGGAGUGGUCCCAAGCCUGUCCUCCUUGGCUGUCAGCGUCUGUAGCCGCCAACGUUGUGGCCCCGCGGCUACUAGAGGCCGUGCGAGGCUGGGACCCCACGCACGACACGCAGCCGCUGCAUCAUUGGGUGCUGCCGUGGCAUCCUCUCGCUGGGACGGCGUUGGCGACGGCAGUGUACCCCCUGAUCCGGUCGCGGCUGGCGGCGGCGCUGGCGGCGUGGCACCCGGCGGACGGGUCGGCGCGCCCGCUGCUGGCGGCGUGGCGCGACGCGUGGGGCGCCGCGCUGCAGGCCAUGCUGCACCACCACAUCGUGCCCAAGCUGGAGCACUGUCUCCAGCACGCGCCCGUGCACCUCGUCGGACAGGAGAACACGGCGUGGUUGUGGUGCGUGGACUGGCUGGAGCUGCUGGGCGCGCCGACGCUGGGCGCGGUGGCGGCGCGCGCGCUGCUGCCGCGCUGGCUGGGCGCGCUGGCCGCCUGGCUCAACACCGCGCCCAAGCACGCGCAGGUGCUGCACAGCUACACGCAGUUCAAGAAAAUCUUCCCCGAAGAGGUCCUAAAAGAGCCCGGCGUCCGCGACGCCUUCCGCAAGGCCCUCGACAUGAUGAACCGCAGCGCAGACAUCGACUCCGUGGAGCCGCCCCCUCCCCCCCGCUUCACGUUUACCGUGGAGAAGGAAACCAGCAAGAUUGCGGAUGUGCUGGCCUCUACUACGCAGCAGAAGAGCUUCUCGGAGCUGCUCGAGUCGAGGUGUAUAGAGAGAGGUAUCACAUAUGUGCCGCUAGCGGGCAAGACGCGGGAAGGCCGUCCGCUGUACAAGAUCGGCAACAGCAUGCAGUGCUACGUCAUCAGGAACGUCAUCAUGUACUCCAAGGACAGCGGCCGCACCUUCGAACCCGUCGGCUUAGACAGAUUGCUGGGUAUGGCUGAGGAAUAGUGUACCAUUGUCCACCCGAACUGUUCACUGACAAGUUGUAGGCAUCACGUUCGGACGCGGGAAGUGCGGCCGUUGUACAAGAUCGGCAACAGCAUGCAGUGCUACGUCAUCAGGUACUCCAAGGACAGCGGCCGCACCAUCGAACCCGUCGGCUUAGACAGAUUGCUGGGUAUGGCUGAGGAAUAGUGUACCAUUGUCCACCCGAACUGUUCACUGACAAGUUGUAGGCAUCACGUUCGGACGCGGGAAGUGCGGCCGUUGUACAAGAUCGGCAACAGCAUGCAGUGCUACGUCAUCAGGUACUCCAAGGACAGCGGCCGCACCUUCGAACCCGUCGGCUUAGACAGAUUGCUGGGUAUGGCUGAGGAAUAGUGUACCAUUGUCCACCCGAACUGUUAACUGACAAGUUGUAGGCAUCACGUUCGGACGCGGGAAGUGCGGCCGUUGUACAAGAUCGGCAACAGCAUGCAGUGCUACGUCAUCAGGUACUCCAAGGACAGCGUGCGCACCUUCGAGCCCGUCGGCUUGGACAGAUUGCUGGGUACGACUGAGGAAUAGUGCUGGAUCUAAUCGAAACCACACUGUUCAGUGACAAUAGGGAUUACGCGAAAUUCUGCGUAGGUGGCGCCACUACCACAAUCUGAGGGUCUAUCGCGAAACAAGAAAAUCGAAAUUUCGUUAUGGAACAUCUCUGUCACUCUUGAAUAUUCGAGCGAUAAAGAGGCAGAUAGCGAAAUUUCGGAUUCGCGUUACCCGGUAGGUCCUCUGUAAACAAACCGCCUUGACGCAUCAAUGUCAUAUUUUAUUAUCUCUGAAAACUUGUCAAAAACCUGUCAAAAGUACAGUAUGUAAAAGUUACUCUAUGGUUUACUAAAAAGGCUAGUGCUGCACUCUGGUGGCAGAACAUUGCAGUAAUAUCCCCUAUUACGGAAUACAGUAGAACCCGCUUAAUACGAUCAAACAAAAAAAAAUACUUUUUGAGUAUUGUUAUUGAAUACUGGUAGUGCCUUUAUACCAAUAUUUAGGCGGGAUGAUAAAAAACGCGGGGAGUUAUGUAUGGGAGCCCUCAAGACACCAGAAGGGAAUUGAAUAUUAAGUGGACUGUAUCUAAAAUUAACGAGAAGUACUUGUUUGACGCUUAGAAUUAAGGGUGUUAGAAGAAAUGCCUGCGCACAUACCUUUGGAGCUCGUUGUGUGUCUCUUCGGCUGGCCAGCACUUCAUAAAACUUUCACUUUGUGCGCGUUGGCAAGGGAUAGGUAGCUUGGAAGGGUUUAGAGCGUUUUCACAAGUACCUACAUUUUUAAAGUAUUAAGAAAAAAAUAACUACCUUAAACAAAAAAUAUCAAAUUUGAAACUCAACAAAUACUGACACAAACAGUUUUUUUUUUGGUACAUGGAAAUCCAGCGCUAUAUAUACAUAUCCAAAAACUAUAAUAGAAUUAGAAAGCCAAUUAUAGGUUUAUCUCACAAAAUACUACAAUUAUGUAGGUAAAAGAACUCUAAUGUUGAUUUACCUAUAAUCUUUGUUGUGUCUUCCAUUCUAAAUAAACAAAUGAUAUGAAAUAAUACUAGCUUUACAUUCACGUUUAACACGAUUUCCCGUCUAAGACGCUUUUUUUGCUAGGUCCCCUCAGGAUCGUCUUAAGCGAGUUCUACCUAUAUUUCUGCAAUGUUCUGCCGCCAGAGUGCAGCAGUAGCACAAACUGUAAGUGUAAACCAUAGAGUAACAUUCAUACCAAAGAUAGAUAUAACUCCGUAAUAGAUAGAUACAGUCUAAGGAAAAAACGUGCCUCGAAAAUCAAGAAAAUUUGAUUCUCGUUCAGAGGGCGCUACUAGUUUUGGCCUACAGUCGUAUAGAUGGCGUUGACGGCUUCGUUUGUUAUUUAACAAUUUUAACGCAUAUCAGUGAAAGAACAUGGGUCAAAAUCAUAAAAAUAAUUAAUGCAAAUAAAAAAAAUCAUUUAUCUAUAUUUAAAUACAUUCUAUCGUAUUUUUAUAAAUCUUCAUUUUUAGUUUUAAAGUGUGUCGACAGAUGGCAGUGAAUUUACUGGGGUUACAAAAUUUUCUAUGACAGUACCGCUCUAGUAUAAGUUACUCUAUGUUCAUACUAUGCCGUAAACAGUUUUUUGAGAAGUUUUCACAGAUUAUUUGUUACGAAUAAAUAUGACAUUGAUGCAUCAAGGUUUGUUUACUAGUGGCGCCCCCUACGCAGAGUUUUGCGUAAUAUUCCCUAUUAGGGUUGGUAGGAAAUCGAGUCUUUUGAGUGUUUAUUUGUAGAAUUCGACUCCUUUUUACGCGACUCUAGUGUUGACGGAACGUCUGAAUUCGCUGUUUUCAAAGUGACUGACUGUGGAUUUGUAGGGGUCCGCAAGCCCCAAGGGCCUGACACUCUUUGAUAGAGAAAGAUAGUCUUAUUGCGAUUCCUAUAAGAGGAAAGAGAAAAUAGUGCCAUGCUUUGUCCUUAUCACCGACCGGGUGGCAUCAUAUGUAGGAGGCGAUGGCGAAAUACCGAAAUUUAUAAGUGAAAGAGAAAAAAUCCCAUGCUGCUCAAUUUUUAAAGGAGUGUACAGAUUUGAAACGGUCGGCAACGGGCGUGUAACGUCUGGAGUUGCAGGCGUCCAUAGACUACGGUGACUGCUUACUAUCAGGCGGGCCGUAUGCUUGUUUGUCACCGACGUAGUAUCUCUUUUUAAAGGAAUCUGAUAAGAAAAAUAUCACACAUUUAAGGUCCAUAACGGAUAUGAUGUACACUGUAGACAAAGACUACGUUGAAAAAUGAAAU